AUGUCCACCUCACGUUAGUGCGGAUGUUGUCCGCCCCUCACACUCACGGCUGCUUCCAUCUAUCCAUGCAGCUCAUCAAUUAGGCAAAAAUUAAACGGCUGUGGAUGCAAUCAUUGUCUUCUAGCACUUCCGAGGGGAUUAUAAUCCGCGGACGGAGGCCCGGAGAAGUUCCGAGAGCGCGGAGGGGGCGAGAGCGGAGAGGAGCGAGACGCAGUCAUGCCCUCAGUGAUGGAGCGCUCUGGAGCCGGGGUCCUGUCCAGGAGUAGAGCCAAAACCGUCACCAACGGCAACAGCCAGCCACACUCUGAGGAGGAGAGCAGCGAUGAAGAGCAUGCUCAUGACAGCAUGAUCAGAGUGGGCGGAGACUACCAGGCCCAGAUCCCAGAGUUCAAACCAGACACACCAGCCCGCCACUGUGAGAAGGACCAGAGGAGCAUGCUCGUCUGGUGUCCUAAUACUCAGCUGUCUGAUGCAAUGUUGGAUGAGUACAUCCUGAUGGCUAAAGAAAAACACGGAUACAACAUGGAGCAGGCUUUGGGAAUGUUGUUAUGGCACAAACACGACGUGGAGCGCUCCCUGGCCGACUUGGCCAACUUCACACCUUUUCCAGACGAGUGGACGGUUGAGGACAAAGUCCUGUUCGAGCAGGCCUUCAGCUUCCAUGGGAAGAGCUUCCACCGCAUCCAGCAGAUGCUUCCAGACAAGCUGAUCUCCAGCCUGGUGAAGUACUACUACAGCUGGAAGAAGACCAGAACCAGGACCUCCGUGAUGGACCGACAAGCCCGGAGGCUCAUCAGCAAGAGAGAGAAGGAUGACAGUAACGAUGAGAUCGAGGAAGUGGAGCCGGCCAGCGACAGCGACUUUGAGGUUGAUGCCAAAAAAGAGGCGGUGAAGCAGAACCCCAGCAGCGCCAGCUCGGACAAGACGGUCCCGAGUCGGGCCGGGCCGGUGAAGAAGGAGAGCCUCGGGGCUCAGUACCGACACCAUCCUCUCAGAGCCCGGCGCCGACCCCCUAAAGGGAUGCACCUGGAGCAGGCGGACAUCAUGGCUCUGUCAGCCUCCCACGAUGCCGGCGCCCUAACCGUCCGCCAGCUGGACACACAGCUGGUGUCGCUCAAGAGACAGGUCCAGUCCAUCAAACAGACCAACAGCAGCCUGAAGCAGAGCCUGGCUGAAGGAGUCGACUCCUUCAGACCCUCUGAGCCCGCCCCCAAGAUGAACUCCCGCUGGAGCACAGAGGAGCAGCUGCUGGCCGUCCAGGCCAUCCGUCGCUACGGGAAAGACUUCACCGCCAUCGCUGAAGUGAUCGGCACUAAAACGCCAGCUCAGGUGAGCUCAUUCUUCGUGAGCUACCGGCGGCGUUUUAACCUCGACGAGGUGCUGAGGGAGUGGGCGGCCGAGCAGGUGGCCACCAGCCGAGAGCAGCGGGACUCGAGGAGGAGCAGCGAGGAGGUGGCCGCAGACGGAGGAGCCGAGGAAGAAGAGGAGGUUAAGAUGGAAGAUUCUCCCCCAGACACCGCCAGCAUCAGCUCCUCCCCUCCUUCCUCCACUCAGGCCGCCUCCUCCCUCUCCCAGCCUCCCCCUCUGCUGCGCCCGGCUCCACCAACAGCACCUCCAAGCCUCCUCCGCCAACCGCCUCCACUUCAGACACGUCCGCUCCAGAACCGAGCGCCGCACAACCACCCGCCCCCUCCCCUGAUUCGCCCCGCUGUGACCUCCUCCUCCUCCUCCUCCUCUAGUCUCAGGGGCUCUCCUCCCAGCUCCUCCUCCACUGCGAGCCAGAUGCCUCCAUCACUGGUGGGGCUGAAGGUGGAGCAGCCCAGCACACACUGAUGCUCAGAUCAGCGCUGAACAGACGUAGGAUGGUUAGGUCACAUGAUCAGUCUCAGGUCCUGAAGGUGACAGCGAUUAUUUAAUCACCCCCUUUACUGUACCCGGAAACACCUACCUCCGUCUCACUCACACACACACACACACACACACACACACACACACACACAGGAAAGAAGAGCUGCCCACCUUAGGUGUGUUCUUGCUGUGUCGUAUCUCCAAUUCCAUGCUGUAGUUCUUUUUUUAAAACACAGAGCAGUUUUGUUUACCUGUUUACCCGCAACGUAGCGGGUAAACAGGUAAACAAAACUGCUCUGUGUUUUAAACUACAGCCUGGAAUUGGAGCUGCCCACAUCUGAGCCAUACCGGCGUCUCCUGACGCGUCCCGGUUUGGAUCCUGGGAGCAGAUGCGAGUCUGCUGUUGUUGUUGUUUAUCGUUUAGCUAGUUGAGCUAAAGUGGAAGAAGUAGUGUCGUCUGCCGUCCUAGCCAUGUUUAGUGUUAGCUGCAGUGGUGCGGACGACUAGUUCCUGUUGGUAGUUCAGAUCAUGAUUAUUGACUCAGCAUUAAGGAGUAAAGGAGCCUGGACUGGACUUGGUGCACACACACACACACACACACGCACGCACGCACGCACGCACACACACACACACACGACGCCGGACUGAUUCCUUUAAGCUGCCGAGAGUCAGAAUCACACUCUACUUCCUUGUUUUGUUUCCUAAUUUGAUAAAAUGCCGAGUGAAGCUGUUUGUCACAAACUAAUAAAGAAAUAAAGACCGCGUUGGUCCUAAGGGAUGAGUUGUAAAGGUCAAA